AUGAAAAGAUCGGCUGGCUCAAGAGGCCUGAUGGAAAAUUGGCUGAAGAAUUGCAACAAAAAAACUGUCACUUUGAGUGAUCGUUGUGAGACUGAUAGCGAGCAACCGAAUAUUGAAACCGGAAGUGUCAUCGAUAUUCGUUCAAAUGCUGGUCAUCCUAACAGGUUGCAAUCUACAGCGUCUGCCAGUUCGAGCACUUCGAGCAAUGAUAAUUUAAAGAUAACAUCAAACUUAUCAUUGUCUCACAACCACCCUCCGGCUCAACCGAUUAUUUCCGAAUUUCCAGUAAAAAAUGGCAGAAGAUUCAAUCCCGAGCACUACAAAAUAUUCAGAUGGCUUGAAUACUCCAUUGAAGAUGAUUCUGUUUACUGCUAUGCAUGUAGACAUUUCUGUAGAAAUACUGUAUUUGCUGGACAAUCCUACGGAAAAGUAGCGUUUGUUGACUAUGGUGUGAGUAAGUGGAGAGAUAUCAAAUCCAUACUUCAACAACAUUCUGUGAGUCAGAAACAUAUAAGUUCUAUGACAUUUUGGACAAAUGCCACUGCAAUUCAAAAUAAAACUUCCCAAAACAUAGCAAAUACGUUGAACGAGAACCGCGCCUGUGAUGUUGAAGAUAACCGCCGGCAUGUUCGAUGGUUGAUUAAAGCAACUUGUUUCCUGGGGAGGCAAGGACUAGCUUUUCGGGGGAAAGAUGAAAGCGAAAAUUCUAGGAAUAAAGGAAAUUUCAUUGAGCUGCUAGAAAUUUUCUCUGAUGAAGAUAAGAGGUUGAAAGAAAAAUUGUCUCUACGAUAUGGUCACUACACUUCCCCAGAAUAUCAAAACGACUUAAUCGCUACAGUCGGUGCUCUUACAAGACAAUCUAUUCUAGACAAGAUGUCAUCGCAUGGGUUUUUCUCUAUUUUAGUCGAUGAAUCGAAAGAUAUUUCAAAAAAGGAACAGUUGUCAUUUGUUCUCCGGUUCGUGGAUAAAUUAGAUCUUACCACUCUCUCUUACUACCAGAAUAGCAUCAGUUUCAUUUCGGAUCAGUUAUCCAUCAAUUUCUAUGAAAGAAUAUCCUUCGGGUAG